AUGCCACUUGUGAAGCAACAUGGACAGGCUCUAAACCACGUGUCUUCUGAGCUGGCAACCGAUAGAGGGCUAGUCAUGGAAGCACUGAAGUUGGACGGCUGCGCUCUUUUUUAUGCCUCUGCAAAUUUAAAGAACGAUAGAGAGCUCGUAUUAGAAGCAAUCAAACAAAAUGGGGUAGCUCUUCGUUAUGCCUAUGAAGAUUUGAAGAACGAUAGAGAGCUCGUAUUAGAAGCAAUCAAACAAGAUAGUUGUGCUUUGGUUUUUUAUGGUAACAAGUUUAAACAUGACAGAAACUUUCUGUUAGAAGUUGCUAAACGAAAUGGUAAUGCUUUAUUGAUUGCAGGACAUAAAGGAUACUAUUACUUUUAUAACGACAAAGAAAUAGUGAUGGAAGGAAUGACUACUUGUCCAUUUAUCAUUGAGAACGUUAUAAAAGAAAGUUAA